GGUCCCUUCCCUUCCCUUCCCUUCCCUUCCCUCUGCAGUCCUGUAUUUGUUUGAUGCUUUUUUUUCCACCACCCUCAAACAUUUAUCAUCCUACAUCCAUCAUUUGAGCUCGGAAGAGCAGCCAAAAGAGUUCCCAAUCCUUUCUUUCCUCCUCCUCCUUCUUCACACAAGCUCUAUCUAUUAGCAUCUCUAUUCCUCCCUCCCCAAGGCCUGAAAUCAUGUUGCAGAGCCAGCUUGCCAGGUCUUCAUCCUUCAGAGGAUCUCUCAAGACCCUUGAAGCUGAUAUACACCAUGCCAACACCCUGGCAGAUACUAUUCAUAGAGCUUAUGGUGGUGCAUGCCUUCAGAUGAAGCUAUCUUACAGCCCUCUGGCACCAUUCUUUCUUUUCCUAAUCCAGUGGAUGGACUGCACUUGUUGUUAUUCCCUCCCAAGUUAUCUAGGCCUUCUCCACAUACUUAUCUACAAGGUUUAUACUGAUGGAAACACUACAAUAUCUACAUUUGAAAGGAGGGCCAGCCUUAGCCAGUUUUAUGCUGUUAUAUAUCCUUCACUUCAACAACUUGAAGGUUUCUUGAUGGAGAAAGAUGAGUCUAAAGAUAGAGGUCGAUGUAAAGAGCUAAUGAGCAGGAAGAGGAUGGAAGUGUGGAGAAAGCUUUCUGAUAAGGAUAUGGAGAGAGAGAAUGAAUGUGGAAUUUGUAUGGAGAUUUGUACCAAGAUGGUCCUGCCAAACUGCAACCAUGCAAUGUGCAUAAACUGCUAUCGUGACUGGAAUACAAGAUCGCAGUCCUGCCCAUUUUGCAGGGGAAGCCUGAAAAGAGUUCGUUCAAGAGACCUCUGGGUGCUUACAAGCAAUGGCGAUGUGGUUGACACUGUGACUUUAGAAAAGGAAAACUUGAGGCGCUUCCAUGGCUAUAUAGAUAGUUUGCCUCUCAGAGUUCCAGACAGCCUUUUCCUGGUCUAUUAUGAUUACCUGGUCUAAUCCAUAGAUGCAGGGAGAGUGAUGUACAGACUUUGCGAAAGCCAAGCAUCCUGUAGAUUGAAUCUGGUGAGGAAAAGUUCCUUCAAUUUCAAAUGGCACUUUCCCACUUGUGGAGUAGGAUAUCCUUUUCCAUGCUUUUCAAAAUUAUUGUACAUUUCUUAGUUUCAAGGUCCUGUUGAUGUUGUUGCUUGUAGCCAUUAAUGGUUGGCAAGACUAGGGAAAAGGGAAAAGAAAUGAACUUCGCUCACUGGUGCUGCAAAUUUUAGCAGCACAGUUGGAUGCUUUGCGCAA